UAGUUAGUUAGGAAAAGAACUGCUACAUAAAAAUUACUACUAUGUUGGGAUAUAUUUUUGUUCUUGUGAUUGAACUACUUACAGUAUGCAAUGGGAGAAUUUGGUCAGGAAGGCCUUUGUAUGUUAUUGAACGGUUUUCUCUACCAGAAUUCAGUAAAAGUGCCCAGUUUCCUCUGAAAGGAUCUGGAGUAGGUGUUCCAUUUAAAAUCACACCAUUAGAGUCAUUAUUAAACACAAAACCAUCGAAGAGUGUUGCACUUUUGUCUGAAUCUGAGGAUCCAAAAUUAGGUGUGACAGAACCAUUACCAAGACUAGUGAAGGCAAUACCAACUGAACACAAAGUAAAGAUCAAGUCACUCCACAAGCCAUGUCAUAAAACGGGUUGUUUGAAAGGUUCACAGUGUGUUUACGACAGAAUGUGGAUGUGUCCCACUUAUAUUCCAGACCUUAACUGUUAUUGUCGACCAGGUUGUGCCGUAGGUAACACCUUUAUACCAAUGGGAAAGGCUCUGACCAUAGACGACUGUGGAAACAGGUGUGCGUGUCAGGAUCAAAGUGGCGAGGCUGUAUGUACUAAACUUGAAUGCGUGAAAACUUCUGACAAAAGAGAGGCAAAAAUGGAUUCCCUUCUCAAAUAUUUGAAAAAGUUGGUGAAAAUAAAUUUGCAAAACGAAGAAAAAUCUACAACUCCAAAACCACUGAAGACAAGUGCUAGUGGAAAUGCUCAACAACGCAAAUCAACAUCCAAUAUAAUAAACAUGUCAAGAAAAAUCGAUUUCAAUACAGAAACAAGAUUUCCAUACAGCCCUCAUAGACCAUUUUAUGUCCGAACAUUAUGAAAUGACAUUUUUAUGUAAUUGUGUGCAUUCUUGAAAUAUUAUAUUGAUAGGCAUUUAUGUUGUUAUAGUCCCAAAUGAGUUUACAAUAGUAAAAGUGCUGUAUGUAAUAAAUCAUAAAACAUGA